GGAGUGUGUGUGCGGGGUGUGAGGAGCUCAGACGAGCUAACCCGUGCUGCUCCCGUGUUAAUGAUAUACGUUUACAGCAGCGAGACGGCAAUCAACAGAUCUGUCUCAGGCAAAGGUGCCUCCACAGCCUCAGUCCACCCACACACCCUUCAGAGGAGCAUCCAGAACACCAGCCGAGAUGUCGGACGGUUGGAGAAUGAGGAACUCGCUGCUUCUGCUCUUAGGCUUCUUUAUCACCUGUUACUGCCAGACUGUGCCGACCAUCACCAUGAAAGUAGUGCAGCAUGUGCGAGAAGAUAAACUCCCAGGUGAAUUUGCGUUCCAGAUUGAAGCGUUUGAUCCGGAUGAUGACGUGCUGACGUACGGUAUAAGAGACCGGUUCGAUUACUUCACUGUGAAUUCUGCCACCGGCGGAGUUUUCAUCAAAAAUCAGCUGAACAGAGAGGUUCGAGAGUUCUUCACUGUGGAAGUGAUCGUUAAUGACGGAGUUUACUCUGACGUCACAAAAGACAUCACCAUUAUUGUGGACGAUGCAAAUGACAAUGCGCCAGUGUUCCAGAACCUACCGUACAACAUUAAAGUUAAAGAGAACACGCCUGUAAACAGUAUAAUUCUGACCGUCUAUGCCACGGAUGAGGACCAGAACACGGCUGGAAUCGUCAGUUACGCAAUCUACGAUGUCAUCCCGUCUGAUAGUAUAGGCAUGUUCUCCAUCUCCAAGGAAGGAGACAUGGGGGCGAUCAAACUGCUGGAGCCGAUGAGCUUCACUGAUAAAAGCGUGUUUUAUCAGAUUAUGAUCAACGCUUCUGAUGGUGGUGGGGAGUUAUUUGGAAACCAUGUGGUUCAGUGGACCCCCACCACAGCUUUCAUCACAGUGAUCGAUGUUCCAGAUCUUGAUCCUGUGUUCGUAAACCUGCCGAGCAUGAUCACCGUCAAUGAGAAGUCAGCUGUGGGAACAUCUGUAUUUAAGGUCCAAGCCAGAGAUCCAGAUACAGGAAUAAAUGACAAAAUCUAUUACAGCAUUGAAGAUACUAACGCAGAAGAUUUGUUCGAGAUCAACAGGGAGGAUGGUAUCGUUUACAUCAAGACUGUAUUUGACCGAGAAGAACUCCUGCACAUUGACGGUGUUGUAAAACUCACUGUUAAGGCAACUGAAGCCAAUCUCAACGUGGACAAUAUCUAUGCUUACACGACGGCGAUACUGCAGAUCACCAUCGGAGACAUUAAUGACAACGGGCCGAGCAUUUACAAGUGUGAAAAUGGCACGUGCACGGAGUCCAACAGCUUCACCGGAGACAUCGACGAGCACUCGUCCGUGGGUCUGUCCAUCUCAGGCUUUAACAUGAGGGUGAAGGACCCCGACCUGGGUGAUAACAGCCGGUUCGAGCUGCACCUCGAGGGACCAGACAAGGACGCCUUCUCCGUCUCCCCCAGACUGGGCAUCUCGGAGAGUGAUGUGCUGAUCCUGGUCAGGGACCCCGUGGCUGUCGACUACGAGAUUAAAACUACGAUGACGGUGGAGGUUGUUGCGUCAGACCCCAACAUUGCUGAGUUUGUGGCUCGGGCUACAGUCACCAUCCAGAUCAACGACAUUAAUGACAAUAUUCCAGAGUUUGAGCAGGAUGCUUAUAAACUGGAGGUGGAGGAACACUGCCAGGAUGGAACCAUUGUGGGAACAGUGACGGCGACAGACGCUGACGCCCUGGACGAUGGUAAACUCACUUACAGGCUGCUCCCGGAGAGCAUACUCAAUUUGUUUGACGUCUUCCCGAAUAACGGCACAGUUUACGUGGUAAACGGGAAUUUGUUGGAUCGGGAACGCACCAACUCCUACUCACCCACCCUGCAGGCCAGAGACUCUGGAGGAAACCUGGGCUCCACCGUGCUGGAGAUCACCAUCCUCGACAUCAAUGACCAGACCCCCACCUUCUAUAGAGACUACGAACGUUUCAUCAAAGAAAACAACGUCUUUACAAUCCAAGUGGAGGCUAGAGAUGAUGAUGAGCCAAACACACCCAACAGCAAAAUCCAGUACGGAAUAGAGGACAGCCAGUACAGUGGCAACUUCACCAUUGACGUGGACACUGGGGAGAUAAUGAGCAUCGGCAUUCUGGACCGAGAGGCCAUUGAGCCGGAGCUGGACGGAGUGAUUAAACUCAACGUGACGGCUACAGACAUGGGCGUACCACCACUAUCGUCCUGGGUCAUGGUGGUUAUCAAUGUUGACGACGAAAACGACAACACGCCUAUUUACCUGGACUCAGAGUACACCUUCCACGUGAAAGAAAGUGAAAGUGGUAUACUUGUGGGCUACGUCCGGGCUCGUGAUGCUGACCAGACCGAGUACAACAACCGCACGUCUUUCCGCAUCACUUCCGGCAGCCUGGGCAGCUUCCUGUGCAUCUCAGAGCCCGACGGCGACGGCUACCAAGGCGCCAUCAUGGUGGACCCGGACGUGGAGCUGGACUACGAGAGCGAUCGCAAGAGCUACACUCUAACGGUGGAGGCCACGGAUCUGGGCCAGAGGAAGGCCGUGGUUACGGUGCACGUGGAGGUGGAGGACGUCAACGACACACCCCCUAUCUUCCCACCAGACCUGAUCAUGAGCAUCGAGGAGAACUCCCUGCCGCCAGCGUUCGUCGGUGUGAUCGAAGGAAGUGACGUCGACACCAACCACUCUCUGAUCUACGAACUGGUUUCCACACGAUGCCACUGCAACAAAACCUGGGGCGUCUGCGAAGAGGAGUGGUUCACGCUGGAGCCCACCGGCAUCGUCAGGACCGCCGCAGAUCACGUGAUCGAUUACGAGAAGUGCGACCAGGUGGAGAUGACGGCCAAAGUGAUUGACCUUUACACGGAGAAGAACAGCAACAGCACCGAGGGUAUUGUUAUGAUAAACAUAAUAGAUAUGAAUGACAACCCACCUGAGUUCAUCCAAGAGCAGGACUUUUUCGUUGUGCUCUCGGAGAGCGUGGAGCAGGACUCGUCUGUUGCUGCGGUUCAUGCCACAGACAAAGAUACAGGAGAGAACGCAAAGAUCACGUUUCACGUUGUAGAUGUGGAGUUUCUUGGUGCCAAUGCUGGAGAUAAGCCCGAGCCAAUCAGCCUCAUUUUCUUCGCCGAGACCAAUGAGCAGCCGGACGCUCUGGGGAACUAUAACGGAGUUAUCAAGUCCCACCAGUCUCUGGAUCCUGACAGAAAAGGGAAGUACCUGGUGAAAGUGAUGGCGAAAAACCUGGAUCUCCACACCAACGAAACCAUCGAGCUCAUUACAGUCGAUAAGUCCUUUAGGGUGGGUCUCCGGUUUGAUUCGCCAGUCGCAAAUGUCAACGAAAACUUGGUGUACAUUAGAAGAGCCCUGAUAGGUGCCACAAAAGCAAUGGUGCAUGUGGUUAAGGUGUCGACUGAGACAGUAAGGAACGCACAGAGGAAAGAGGUGACUCUUCUGGAGGCGUACUUCGUGUUUCCUAACGGGACGGCUCUGGACUCGGACUCUGUGGGCUCUAUCCUGAACACGCAGGAAGUGUAUGAAGAGUUUGGUGUCAUACUGCAGGGGUAUGGCCUCACUGGCAUUUUGACGACCACCUUCGACCCUCAGGAGGACAAGCUGGAGGUCUUCAUCAUGAUCGGACUGGUGGGAGCCCUCGUGAUUGUUCUAGUGGUCAUGACUACCUCACUCGUGUGCAUUAGGAGAAGCUACCGGAGGAAACUGAAGGCAGCCAAGGCCAUGAACAAGGCGGCCAUGGUGGCAGCAGAGAGCCAGAAGGCGGGACCUGUCGUUCCCGGCACCAACAAAUACACUAGAGAGGGUGCAAACCCAGUGCUGAACCUGAAUAUUGACUCCACUACUGAUCUGGGCUUUGAUGAGGAUGGAUCCAGUGCAGACAGGGAGAGCCUCAAUUCGCUGGACUACAACUUCGACAUGGGCAUGACACAUGAGAAAGACACGAUGGCAAUGACGAUCAUUGAGGAAGAAGAGGAGAAUAUGGGUGAAUCUACAUACAUUGAGCCGCUGGGAGCAGCACUGGCGCAGAGAGGGAAGAAGAAAGGCCCAGAGAGCACCAGCCUCACCAUUGCCAACCCAUCACUAAACACCACGGACCUCUAAAACUGUACCAGCCAGCUACGUCCUGCACUCUCGAACUCAACUCCAUCAUCUGACCUUCAGAUCUUCAGGGAGUUUUCAGUAAAAUCAGCUGCCAUUAAUGUAUUUAGCUUUCAGCUCUAAAGCAGACACAACCCUUAAUCUGAUAUGUGGCCUAUAUGUCUAUAUAUAAUACAUCAUUAGCAGAUAUUUAAUUCAUUAGGAAUUGAAGGGGAGGAGGGAGAGGGAGGAGUCACCACGUAUGCCUUCAGAAUUAAUUAUAUGCCAAUGCUGCUGCAUUUUGACCAGUGUUUCUGUUUUAUUAAGGACUAAAAAAAAGUAAGAAUCUGACCUAAAACUACUGUUUAUUGUGGUAUUAUUAUGUUCCGUUCCUUAGACUUACUUUUUAAAUUUUCGGUUUGAUCAGUGUUCUCUGACUACAUUUCCCAGAAUGCAUUAUGCUUAUAUGUUAUACAACCAUUGAGAUAUGAGAUAUGAUUACACUUAUAAUCUAUAAAAAGUAUAUCAUUGUACCCAGAAAUGUAAUGAAACUUGGUGGGAAGACGUGAAGUGACUCUUUUGUCCCGCUUUUGUCUUGGUGGAGAUCUAAAUGUUUUUUCAUGGUUUUUCAUUACAGGCACUUUAACAACAGCACAAUGUUAAGUCCUGCAACCAGUGUCUCUACCUUUUCCUUAACUUACACACUACAGUGAACUAUUCCUGUAGGACUAAUUAUGACUAUAACCAUUCUAGCAAAAGUGCAAGUUUACAUCUUAGGCCUUAGAAUAAAAUUUUAGUCUGUGGAAAAUAAGCACCAGGAUUCUUGUACACGAUUCUGUACAAUCUGUCCCUAAAAAGAGAGGUGUUUCAAAGAAUUUGGCCUGGGAAACUGUACAGACUGUUCAAAUCAACUGUAUAGAAGAUUAAUAAUCAUUAUUAGCACAGAUAUAUAAAGAUGGCACCAUUUCUCACUUUGGUCACAGUGUUCUUUUACACUAACUGUGGCUUAUGGCCAAAUUCAAUUAGACCAACAAUUUAUAUAAAUGCCCUAUUAAUGCUAAGUGCACUUUAGCCUGGGAUUUACAGAGAGAGAGAAAAAGAGAGAGAGAGAGAGCUCAGAACAUUGCUCUGAAAAAAUUAUGAUAGUCCUAAAUACUGUUUUUAUGUGUUUUUAAUUGCAUUUUGGCUGCACUGUAAAUCAUUGUUGUGUUUUUUACAGCUUUGUUUUUUAUACAUAUUUGAUUGUACCCUCUUUUUAAUCAAAAUGCCAGAUGAUGCUGCUAUUGUUGAUGCAUUUCACAGACGCCGUGUUGACAAACUCUGGUCCCUUUUAAUAAAAGCUAUAGAAAGUUUAACCCUUUAAAACCAUGUUUGCCAAAGCUGCCAAAUCAGAUUUUGUAAAUAAAUUGUACUGAACUUAAGGUACAUUUAUAGUGUCCUUGAUGUUUUAUUGAUGUGAAUUUUGCCAACAGAAUUGUAUUAUUUGUUAAGGCAGUUUAACUGCUGUGUACAUAUACCUUAUAUUGUGAAUAAAAUGAAAUUAUGAAAUAAAGUGCAAAUUAAAUUAUA